AGUGGCGAAGUACACCUGUCCGACCUGUUUGAGGGAUAUUAGACUCCCGAGGAAUUUCGUUUCCUCCCCCCCCCGCUGCUCCCGUCCUUUGUUUACCGGCGUCUUCUUUUCUGUGGGAGACGAAGGGUGAGAGGCAGAGGAGAGAGGGGGAGACACAGACGAGAGAGGGGGAUAUAGAGAUGUCGGAACCAGCCACUAAUCCCGCUGCCACCUCGUUCCCUGCACCAAAUAUUUCUCUACCUUUGGGACUGGACGUGCUGAGAACUUAUUCUGGAGCCCUUGUAUGCUUAGAAAUAAUAUUUGGUGGACUGGUAUGGAUCCUGGUGGCCUCCUCCAACGUGCCCGUGCCCUUGCUGCAGGGCUGGGUGAUGUUUGUCUCCGUCACCACCUUCUUCCUCUCCUCUGCUUACCUCACACUCCUUGUCUCUGGCUUGGCAGAUCGCAUCAACACUGACUGGAACUUUUUGGACGUGUUUUACCAUUUUUUGGCUCUGCUUUUCUACUUUGCUGCCUUUGUGUUGGAGGCAGCAACUACAGCAGCUAAUCGAGGAGCUCACAUCAUCCAACUGAACGGCACUGGAAAAGUCCUGUGUACAGCCAACACACAGGGCACGAUAUUCACAGUCCUGAGUGAAUACCAAUACAGUGUUAAUGUAGCAGCCACGAUAUUUGCGUUUGCAGUGACACUAUGCUAUGGCUGCAGUUUGGCGAUGGGUUUCAAGAGAUGGAGGAUGUAACCAAGAAAACCAGCACGCACUAGCUCCUGUAACUGCAGUAUAACAUGUAUAAAACCAUCAGCCUCCCAUCCAGAGCGCCAUAAAGACCACUGCUCUUUAGUUCAGUGGGAAAUGACAGAUGACAACAUUUCUGGUCCAAUCAUGGCCUUUGAAGAUGUUUUGAUAACAGGGUAUAAACUGAACUUUAACUAUAGGUGUAUCUAACUCCAGAUACGCUAUCCUUUACCCCAAAGAAAAGUCUUUGUGGAAGGAGGAGGAGGAGAAAAGUUAUAAUAAGGCUAUACAGGGUACUUUUGAAAGAUGUAUGCAACAGUUAUGGUUUUGACAUCAAGUUUGCUGAUCAUAAAAAACUUGCCCAAUUUCUUGAGUAACAUCCUCAUUGGAGGGAACAUUUCCCAUUUCCAAAACCACAAAAACAUCCCUACUAGCGUGUCACUAAUGAGAAAUGAAAAACUAAACAUGUUGAUGGUGCAAUAUUUUUACUGUCCUCUGGUUACCUUUGUGACAAAGAGCUGUAAACUCACUCUGCAUUUAACUGCUGUAACUUUUUUAACGUGGUCAUUCUAUAAAAUGUGGAUCUAGUGCUUGAAUGUU